GUGCGGUACAACCAGAAUUGCGCCAAAUUGCACGAAAAAUAAUUAUUUUUUGAAUAAUUGACAAUUGGCAUCAAUAUCUGCGGCUAAAUAAGGAGUCCGCAUUGAAAAAAACGGUAAAUCCUUUUAAUUAAAUAUUUCAAUGAUUUUUUAUAACAAUGGCGAAUAAUUCCGCUGAUACAACAGGAAAAGAUAAUCUUAAGGAUUGGGAUCCCAGCAUAAGUUCAAGUACCGACAUCAAGAUGCCUGACAUGGAUGUCGAUAAGGAUAAAAAACCUUCACUAUCAAGACCUAAAUCUAACGGGCCUGCACCGAAGCGACUGGCCAAUGCUAUUCCAUUAGAUGGCUUUAAAUGGAACAUGCAGGCGUUAGCUACAGCUGCGGAAGCUGUCGAAUCUGGUGGCAAGUCACCUGUAUCAGCACUCAACGAGCUGGGAGUUAGAGUCAAUUAUACGUUACGUCAACAAGGAGGACCACCACAUUGUCCAAGCUUUGUUAUUACUGUUGAGGUAGCGGACAUGAAGUUCGAAGGAUUCGGUCAUAGUAAACGCGAGGCUAGAGCAGCAGCGGCACGAGCCUGUUUAUCAGCGCUGAUGCAGCGAGCUGGUCGUCUACUGCCAGCUCCAUCAAAGUACCAGGACUUCACCAGCGAUGAUCCAUCAGCUAGCAAAGCUACAGACGGUCCUUGUUCUCCGAUAUGUUCACCAUCAACAUCCCUAUUUGGGUCCAGAUUGCAAGGAUUUAAUAAGAGUCCUAUAAAUAUGUUAUACGAGAAUUAUCCUGGAUUGAGCUUCAUAUGUACUUAUGGUGAUGGUUCAUCUUUGGACUCUGAAUAUGCGCCACUUCAACUCAGUCACAGUAUGAGAUUCAAAGUUAUCUGCAAGAUAAAAGAUUAUAGAUUUGAAGGAUAUGGUUCAAGUAAGAAAUUGGCUAAAGUAGCAGCAGCUCGUGUUGCUCUGGCUGAGCUGGGUGAGGCGCGAGCUGGUCCACAGCGGCCGCUGCCCGCCGCACCGCUCAACCAGCUGCUGGCUGACCACGUCGCCAGAUUAGUUAAUGAUAAGUUUCAAGAAAUGGUUCGCAACAAUCUCAUACAUUCUAAACGGAAGGUCCUCGCUGGGAUUGUACUAACCAUAGACAACGGUGUAGAGGGCGCUAAGGUUAUAGCAGUUACUACUGGUACAAAAUGUGUAUCCGGUGAACAUAUGUCUGUUAAAGGGUUGGCAUUGAACGAUUGUCAUGCUGAGGUUGCAGCGAGGCGUUGUUUGCAGAGAUAUUUGUAUUCCCAACUAUUACUAUAUGCUUCAGCAUCAGAUCCAAAGAAAUGCAUACCGGAAUCAGAUAUAGAACCGAUACCAACUGGAGGAUAUCAGUUGAAACCUGAUAGAAGUAUUCAUCUGUAUGUAAGCACAGCUCCGUGCGGUGAUGGCAGGAUAUUCAGCCCUCAUGAGAACAACGAGUCUGAGCUGGAUAGACAUCCUAAUAGGCUAGCCCGAGGUCAACUUAGGACCAAAAUAGAAUCAGGUGAAGGGACCAUACCUGUGAAGAAUAGUAGCAAUGUUGUACAGACGUGGGAUGGAGUACUACAGGGCGAACGUCUCCUAACCAUGUCAUGUUCUGACAAAGCAGCGCGCUGGUGCGUUGUAGGUCUACAAGGUUCAUUGUUGGCCUGUCUACUCAGACCUGUGUAUCUUAGUUCUCUGGUGCUCGGCUCCUUGUUACAUCCGCAACAUUUGUACAGGGCAAUAUGCGGUCGUAUCGAGAAUUAUAUAUCUUCUUUACCACCUCCAUACCGACUUCAAAGAUUGAAGUUAGCUCGAGCUGCUAGUACUGAAGCUCGCACAGCAACUAAAGCACCCUCUAUAAGUGUUUGUUGGUGCUGUACAUCACCGAUGCCGGAAGUAAUAAACGCGACCACAGGCAAACUAGACUCAGGUCAGCCCUCGUUGUUGUGCAAACAGAGUAUGUUCGCACGAUGGCAGUACCUCAUCACCAAGCUGCCGUUACUACCUCAGGAGUCAGACGAAGGUCCCAAAGAGAUCAAGCCGCCUGCAGACCUCGCCAAUAUGCAAUAUUUUGAAGCCAAACAAAUAUGUACUACAUACCAGGCUGCAAAGGAACGUUUAACAAUAGCAUUUGAAAAAGCAAAUCUAGGUCGUUGGAUAAAAAAACCUAUAGAACAAGAUCAUUUUGUAUGCGAUAUUGUAAAUCCAGAUCCCAGAGCACUGUUUGCCUAGACGGACAAUAACCCAUUCGUUUGUAACACCGUGCAAGCGUACACGAAGCUAUUGAGAGGCUUUGGAUUUUGCAUUGAUAUUAAAAUAAUAUUAAGCACAAUAUAAUAAAUUAACAUUUGGAACAUUCAAUAAAAAUAAAUU